GAAGACGGGGUCAGGCGGCAACGGAGACGUCGCCAUUCACUGCGGCUUUGGGGUUUUUUUUUGAGAGCUUGCGCCAGGAAAAAAUCGCCGGGAGAUGAAUCGAAAGCUUCAUGUUGUACUACUAUCCCUUUCUCCUUCUCUCCCCUCCAGUCGACCUCUCUCCAGGAAAGGCUGUUUUCUGUUUCCCCGCCGUCCCGCCCCUUUUCCAACCCCACGAGGUGGAAAUGCAGACGAUCUGAGUCUGCAAGAAACUCCCUUUCGUAAAGUUCUCAUUGGUUCAAAAAUAAAUACAAAAAGAAAAUGA